GGUACUUAGCGGUCAAUUUUGAAUAUUUCGGACCAUUCUCUCUCUCUCCAAAGAGUUGAUAGGGAUAAAUAAACCGAAACGCAGGUACCCAAUCUCCACCCGUCUCGCUUCUCUCAUCAAUCCCUCUCAUUCCAUAUUCGCCUGUUUUCUUCCCCAAAUAAACCAGAGCCAGAAAAAAGGAAGGGGAAGAAAGACAGCACUUCCUCCAAAAGAUCCACUGGCAAGUCCAUAAUCCCUAUUCCUCUUCUCUCUCCGUUUCAGUACCAUCACCCCCUUCCAAUCUCAGUAUCCCACCACCAAUGGCCACCUUAUCCCCUAUCUCCUCUCUCUCUCCGUCCAACCUCAAAUGGGUUCGCUCCAAUUCGUCUUUCUACAUUCGCCUCCCCUCCUCCUGUCCUUCUUUCUCAAAACCCACAUGUUCCCCCAUGUCCAUUAAAGCUCUCUCUGCACCUGUUCUCACUCAAGACCAGCUCAAGAAGCUUGCUGCCGAUAAAGCAGUCGAAUAUGUAAAGAGUGGAAUGGUAUUGGGCCUUGGAACUGGUUCAACUGCUGCAUUUGUGGUUGCAAAGCUUGGUGAGCUGUUGAAGGAAGGGGCUCUCAAAGAUAUAAUUGGAAUACCCACCUCGAAGCGCACAGAAGAGCAAGCUGCUUCACUGGGUAUUCCUCUCUCUCUACUUGAUCACCACCCCAAUAUUGAUUUAGCCAUUGAUGGGGCUGAUGAGGUUGAUCCUGAGCUCAAUUUGGUGAAAGGGAGAGGUGGAGCUCUUCUGAGAGAGAAAAUGGUCGAAGCUGCAUCUGCCCAAUUCGUUGUUGUGGCCGAUGAGUCCAAAUUGGUUGAUGGUUUAGGUGGAAGUGGGCUCGCCAUGCCCGUUGAAGUGGUGCAAUUUUGUUGGAGCUACAAUGCUAAGAGGUUGCAGUCUCUUUUCAAGGAGGAGGGCUGUGAGGUCAAGCUUAGGAUGGAUGGGGAUAAGCCAUAUGUUACCGAUAAUUCGAAUUAUAUUGUGGAUUUGUAUUUUAACACACCCAUUAAGGAUUCGAGAGCAGCUGGUGCUGAGAUUUCGAAGCUCGAGGGUGUGGUGGAACAUGGGUUAUUCUUGGAUAUGGCCACCGCUGUGAUAAUUGCUGGUUCGGACGGUGUUACACUCAAGACAAAGUGAUAAAGAGGUACACAUGCGCCAUUUUGUUUAGUAUAUCUCUCUCUCUCUCUCUCUUUCUCUCUCUCUCUCUCUCUCUGGUAUUAGAGGGUGUUUUGCCGAUCUAAUUAUUUGGGAAUCUUAGUGAGAGGAAAAGGCAUGCCUUUAAGAAUGAAAGCUACUUUGAUGUACUAGAAACACAAAAGGGAACUUUUGGGUACUGCCUUUCUUUUGUACCCUCCCCUGUUGGGAAAUAAAGUGGAGGGCCUUUGAGACUCUUGUUUCUACAAAUAUAUAAUUUCUGUUGCAGACUUGUUUUUUA